AUAUAGUCAAGUGGAAGGUAAAGGCUGAGUGUUGUUUUUCUGCUAGUUUAAUGUCAGUCUGAAUUAAAAAGUUGGUUUUGUACUGAGUAGAUACAGAGUAAAAUGUGAUUACAUUAUCCGCUCCCCUCCCAUAUUUCCACCCUCGUGUCCGUGACUCACUAGGGACAUGAUGUAAUCCACCGGCUUUCACCUUUUACACGAGAAAACGAAGUUGGCGAUUAUUGUCCUGGACCAGGAACAUUCUCGGGCUUUUUGUCAAAUAAUGGCGUGUUUUUGUUAGUGUAUCUGGGUAACCGCCAGUAACGGACGGUUGGUUCAGCUUUGGACGGAGAAGAAUGAACCCCACACGGCGCUGCUCGGCUCUGGUCAACCAGCUGUGCGCCUCCUCCAGAGGACCGGCCCGGAGUGGACCGGCACCCAGGACACUGUUCUUACCAUCUGUACUGCCACGACCGGCGGCCGGAGUCCGAACGGGUGACCCCGGUGUUGGAGUCGGGGGGGUCAAAGGAACUCGACCCCAGCUGAAGCCCCGCGGAGCGUCCACCACGGCUACACCACCAGUUUGUCCAAUGGGCAGCAGCAGCAGUCGACUGUUCGGUACGUUGGCCCAGCCUCUGAACAGCGCCCCCUUGGCCAAACAACAUCUGUUCCCAGAGGUGAACACUGAUCAGGACCUGGACCAGGAUGAACUGACUGAAGUGGACCCAGACCAACUACUCCGAGAGUGUGAGGAGAUCCUGCAGAGGCGUCCGGCCAGACCACACCGGGAUCUGGUCUACCUGAGCCAUGCAGCGCCUGCCCACCUCCAACACAACCCCACCAUCAGGGUGAUGCAGUGGAACAUCCUUGCACAAGCUCUGGGUGAGGGAAAGGACGGCUUCAUUCGAUGCCCUCUGGAUGCUCUGAACUGGCAGGAGAGGAAGUAUCUGAUCCUGGAGGAGAUACUCACCUACCGGCCCGACAUCCUCUGUUUACAGGAAGUCGACCAUUAUUAUGACACUUUCCAACCCAUCAUGUCUGGUCUCGGUUACCAUGGCAGCUUCCUGGCCAAGCCCUGGUCUCCCUGUCUGGACGUGGAGCAGAAUAAUGGCCCCGACGGCUGCGCCCUGUUCUACCGCCGCUCACGCUUCUCCCUGCAGGCCACGGCCCACCUGCGCCUGUCAGCCAUGAUGCUGCCCACUAACCAGGUGGCCAUUGUGCAAACACUUACCUGCAGGGCAACAGGUCGCCAGCUGUGUGUAGCAGUCACCCACUUGAAGGCUCGCAGUGGCUGGGAGAGGCUGCGCAGCGCUCAGGGCACCGACCUCCUGCACAGCCUCCGCACCAUCACAUCCCAGACCGCUGGCGGCCAAAACCAGGUGGUGUCUGCGCUGCCGCUGGUUGUAUGUGGGGACUUUAAUGCCGAACCCUCGGAAGACGUGUAUCGGCGCUUCCGGUCAUCCCCCCUUGGCCUGGACUCAGCGUACAAACUUCUGAGCUCAGACGGACAGACGGAGCCCCCCUACACCACAUGGAAGAUCCGGCCCUCUGGAGAGAGCUGCAGCACCCUGGACUACAUCUGGUAUACCCAGAAUGCUUUGAGCGUGGAGUGUUUGUUAGACCUGCCCACUGAAGACCAGAUUGGCCCAGACCGACUGCCAUCCUACCACUACCCAUCAGACCACCUGUCACUGCUCUGUGACAUCAGCUUCAGGGAUGAGCCCCAUAGGCUGAUGUAGCUGUCACUUAGCAGCUCUUGACCAAUAGGAGAGCACCUCUGCUGUCCAUCACUGUUUACAUUUACAUACAGCAUAAUCCUGGACCUGCCCUGUACAGACUUAAAUAGACACACAAAUAUCAUUAUGGUCCAUAUGACAGGUUAUGGGACUCACCUCCUCAGGAUUUUAUUGCUUCCACUGUACACUUAAGAUUAUGACUUUUAAUUUGAUGAACUUAUUCUUUCCACAGGUUUUCACUGUUCAUUCUACUUAUUUAAAGAUGGUUCUUCAGGAUGACAAUAAAUCCCAACUCUUGUGGUUGUGACACAUUGAAUAUGAGUAGAAAUGUUAUGAAAUAAAAUGUUUUCAAGCUGA